AUUUUUAAUGGAAAUACUAUAGUAAGUUUUCUGAUUUUAAGAGUAAUAAAUGCUUUUCAUAAAAAAACCAUCCUGAUAUAAAAGUCAAAGUCUCCCUAUAAUCGUAUCCCCAGAUACAAACACUGUCAGUACAACACUGCGAACACUUUUUAUUGCAGCUCCUGCAGGAGCCUGUGGUGUGGUACUGGCACCUCCCACAGGAACAGCAGCAAGUUCUAGAGCUGUCCUCUUCACUGUAGGGUCUCCUCCACACAGUGCCACGGCCCCCACUUGUACCCAUAUGGUCCUUCGACCAAGAACAACCUCAGUGGAGUCCAGCAGCUCGGGAGGCUCUCUGUGCUCCGCAAGUGGCCGCGGGGGUGUGGGCUCCCCGCCUGGGCCAGAUAUGGGCUCUUCCCCGCCGGGAGCAGAGGCAGCUCCCAGCCUGAGAUACGUGCCUUAUGGUGCUUCACCCCCCAGCCUAGAGGGGCUCAUCACCUUCGAAGCCCCUGAACUGCCAGAGGAGACACUGAUGGAGGUAUAGAGAAGAGACUAUAGUGGUGUGUUAAUGUGAUAUUGGUAUGAUAUGAGAACGUCCAGCAGGACGAAAGCGCCAUGUACAUUGAACAGUUCUGAGAUUACGUUCUUCUUUUUAACUUACUUUUCCUUUUGU